AUGACGGGGAAAGCAGGGGAAGCGCUGAGCAAGCCCAAAGCCGAGACAGUGGCCAAGAACACCUCGGGGGGAACCCCGGCCAGGUGCACCGGGUUUGGCAUCCAGGAGAUCCUGGGCUUGAACAAGGAGCCCCCCAGCUCCCACCCGCGGGCUGCCCUCGACGGCCUGGCCCCCGGGCACUUGCUGGCUGCGCGCUCAGUGCUCAGUCCCGCAGGAGUGGGCGGCAUGGGGCUGCUGGGGCCCGGGGGGCUCCCCGGCUUCUACGCACAGCCCACCUUCCUGGAAGUGCUAUCCGACCCGCAGAGCGUCCACUUGCAGCCGCUGGGCAGAGCAUCGGGGCCGCUGGACACCAGCCAGACGGCCAGCUCGGAUUCUGAAGAUGUUUCCUCCAGCGACCGAAAAAUGUCCAAGUCGGCUUUAAACCAGACCAAGAAACGGAAGAAGCGGCGACACAGGACAAUCUUUACGUCCUACCAGCUAGAGGAGCUGGAGAAGGCGUUCAAUGAGGCCCACUACCCAGACGUCUAUGCCCGGGAGAUGCUGGCCAUGAAAACGGAGCUGCCCGAAGAUAGGAUACAGGUCUGGUUCCAGAACCGCAGAGCCAAGUGGAGGAAGCGGGAGAAGUGCUGGGGCCGGAGCAGUGUGAUGGCGGAGUACGGGCUCUAUGGGGCCAUGGUGCGCCACUCCAUCCCCCUGCCAGAGUCCAUCCUCAAGUCUGCCAAGGAUGGCAUCAUGGACUCCUGUGCCCCGUGGCUGCUGGGGAUGCACAAAAAGUCGCUGGAGGCGGCAGCUGAGUCGGGGAGGAAGCCCGAGGUGGAGCGCCAGGCCCUGCCCAAGCUCGACAAGAUGGAGCAGGAGGAGCGGGGCCCUGACCCCCCGGCCGCCAUGUCCCAGGAGGAACUGAGGGAGAACAGCAUCGCAGCGCUCCGAGCCAGAGCGCAGGAGCACAGCACCAAAGUGCUGGGGACUGUGUCUGGGCCCGACAGCCUGGCCAGGAACGCCGAGGAGCCGGAGGAGGAGGAGGCCACAGAUGAAGACAGGCCAGCGGAGAAGCUGAGUCCACCGCAGCUCGAGGACAUGGCUUAGGUCAAGGGUUUGCAGACACCGGAACCCCAGGACUCUGCUCUCCUUGAGGCCUGCGGUGUUGGGAGGUGUCCUCUGAGGCGGGACCCAGGCCUGGCCUCUGCCACUCUCCCCUGGCCCCACAGGCUCUCCAUGACCCUGGAUGACUUCAGGCACAACUCAGUUCUGGCCAAGGCACUGGGCCAUGCUGAGACAUCCCUGCCUAGUCUUAACCUGUCCAGCAUCCUCCUCCUCAUUCUAACGGCCCUGCCUCAGAAGCCUUCUUGCUGCCCCAAACCACCCCCUCAAGUUGCUUUCACUCAAUCCCUUGGCAAUCCUCACUAUCCAAAGCCACCGCUCACUCUCGGUUCUCCUGCUCAAAAAGCCCUUCUUCCCAGCUCAGCACCCCUGUGGAUUUUGCUCUGUCCAGACCCAAAGCCGCUGCCGCAAACACACUGCCUGCCACAGUGGUGACAGGGAUGGAGGACCUGCACUCCAGCACCAAUGUCCUGUGUGCCCCGGCCCUCAGCAAAACUCUCCUCCCCUGCCUGUGCCUGCUACUGUGUGGAUGUACUGUCCUGUGGGCCCAGA